AUGAAGCCUGAUAAUUCAACUUAUGUUUGUGGAGAAGGCAGUGGUGGUGUUUGUGAUGAAGGUAAUCCCACUGAUGUUGGUGUAGAAUGCAAUGGUGAUGGUUGCAAUGAAGUUUGCGUUGACAGUUUGAAGCCUCUCGUUGGGCAACAGUUUGUUUCAUUGGAUGGUGCUAUUGUUUUUUAUAAACAAUAUGUUGGGACUGUUGGGUUUGAUUGUAGGCAGCACUCAAUUCGGAAGAGUAGGGAUGGUGUUGUUGUGGAGAAGCAUGUAGUAUGUGAUCGUCAGGGUUUUAAGCAGAGGGUUUCUAGUUUUGCUAAAACUACUUUGGCGAGGAGACGGAGGGUGACAAAUAGGGUUGGUUGUAAGGCUAAGGUUGUGGUAAAGCUUAAGUCUAAUGCCUUGAUGCUGGGCACCAAAUGUUUAUUGCGAGUUGCACGUGCUCGGGUAAAUAUUGGCUCUAUUCGAUCAUAUAGGUUGUUUAAGGAGAUUGUUGGUGAGUAUUCCAAUGUUGGGGCUACAGGUGUGGAUUUUAAGAAUUUCAAGCGUGACCUGAUGGCGUACAUUCUAAAUGGUGAUGCUCAAUUAUUCAUAGAUACGCUUUUCAAGAGGCGUGAAUUGUGUGAGGCUUUUGAUUUUGAAUAUGAUGUUGAUGAAGUUGAUCAGCUUUCAAGGGUUUUUUGGGCGGAUGCAGUAUCUAGGAAGAAUUUUGCUUUGUUUGGUGAUGUUGUUUCAUUCGAUGCUACAUACCGUACUAACAUGUAUAAGUUGGUUUUUGUUCCGUUUACUAGAAUUGAUAACCAUAAGAGAUCCAUCACCUUUGGUGCUGGUUUGCUUACGAGGGAAGACGUAGACUCAUAUGUGUGGCUUUUGCAUAAAUUUAAGAAAACUAUGUGUCAUGACCCUAUUUGUGUUGUUACUGAUCAAGAUACAGCUCUCAAAGUUGCUGUUGCUCGUGUGUUUGGUACAUCAAAACAUAGAUUUUGCAUGUGGCAUAUAAUGUGCAAGGUUGGUGAGAAGGUUGGGCCGGUUUUGUCUAAAGAUGAAGUGUUUAGGAGGAAGUUGAAUGGAAUUGUUUAG